CGAUCAACUUACAUCAACCCUUUAGAACUCACUAUAAAUAUACCUCUAAGCUCGAUCCUUCGAGGCAUAACACUUGGGUGCUUCAUUUCCACCUCUGAAUUAAUCAUUUGUACUACUGAAAAAUGGCUAGCAUUUCUUCUUCUUCCAAAGUCUUGUUCCUUCUAACCCUAAUCCUUUCAGUCUCAUUUUCAAGGUGCCAGCUUGGGGAUUUGGGCGGUCUUGUGGGCGGAGUCGUGGGCGCGGUGGGGAACAUAGCGGACGGCGUCGGAAAGGCCGUCGGAGACAUAGUUGGAGGAGUUGUGAAGGGCGUCAGCGGCGCGGUUGGUGCCGUUGGCGGAGGUGGCAACGGAUCGCCGAGAAAGAUGGCACGAUCUACUACAGCUGCGCCGGCAAGUAUUCCGACUAAUAACAUUGAUGCCACCAACAAGCCUUGACCAAAAAGAAAAAUGUCACGUAUGUAAUUGGUUAAUGUUCCCUACGAAUAUUGUCCAUGUUUGAUUAGUUUCUUACCGCGUGCUCGUGCUAUAAGUCUCGUAAGAGUUAAUAUUUCCGGUUUCUAAAACUAUCUUAGUUAUGUAAACGGGAUCGUUAUUUUAAGAUUGACGGAUGGGAUAGUUACUUAGCCCGCCAAAUCAAGUGUAAAAUAGUAUCUACGUACUGUUGUGUUUCCUCUUGGUUUUCUAAUGUUCGUGAACUAUAUAUAUUCCGUACUUUUUCUCAUCUUCCAAAAUAGUUCUCUCAUCAAUCAAUAUUAUAUUAUUAUAGUAUAAUGCUCCUCAAGAUCAAAUAUCAAAGCAUGAGUAAAAAGCGUAAUUGAGUAUUGCUAUUAUGUUCCUAUUGAGAUUAAUUAAAGAAAUCAUGGGUUAGUAGAAAUCCCGAAAAGCCAAAAAGUAUAAAGAGAGCCCCAAAUUAGCUAGUAAAAUAGUUUGAUUGUAUUUUGCGCACUUUUAUUUUCUUUUUCUCAGGAUGCGUCCUGUCAAAAUCUACCAAUUAGUGAGGUUUUCUUGGUCUAACUGGCGGCGGCUUUUUGUACGUAUUAGUGAUCAACUUUUAUCCAGCAAUGAAAUGAGUGUAUAUCGUAGAGAUUGUAACGGAAAGAGAAAAGACAAAGUCUACGCCACGCAAGACGAUAUCUAAGUUGUCAAAGGCCUCUCCAACUUGUAAAUUCUCGCUUGUUUGAAAUGGAAUUUAGUGGGCGUACGUAUAAGAUGUCAAAAUAUUUUAGAAAGAUCUUACUGAAAUUGUUUCAAUUUUCUAGACAUGUUUAAUUUUCCACUUAACUUCUGAAAUGUGUAGCUGCG